AUGUCUAGAGACGGCUAUGACAUAAGAUUAGAUGAGAGUCUCGGGGAUCAGGUGAGGAUCUCCUGUGUUGUGGCCUUGCGAGGUCGGGUUUGCGGUCUUUGUGACGUUUUUUGUUGGGAUUCGAGUGGAGAAAGCCCUAAAAUCAAGUUUAAAGAGUGCAGCCGUCUUCUCUUUGGAGAAUUUUCGAGUUCAGAGGCUGCAGAGGAGAAAAGUGGAGUUUUUGGAGAGAUUUUCGAGUUUUACUGUUCAUCGGGUACUGUUCAUCGGGUACUGUUCACGGGUUACUGUUCAUCGGGUACUGUUCAUCGGGGUAUUGUUCAUCGGGGGUACUGUUCAUCGUCGGGAUUUCCACACUGUUCAUUGUCUUUCCUUCAGUUUCAAUCCAUUGUCAAGAGCCUAGACGGUUUUAGGACUGUUAGAAUUGCUAGGCUUAGUAUCAUCCCCUUCAGCUACAAGAGAUUCCGCGAUGGACGGAGGCUAGAGGUCGUGGCGCGAGAGGGCGCGGUGCUCGAGGCCGUGGUUGGCAGAGCGAGAGGCCGGGGCCAGGUCGUGGACUUUCCGGCGGAUUCGGGAGAGAGUGUGGCGCCUAGUGUGGCGAUUGCGUCGGUGACCCAGUCGAUAUCCAUGGCGAGUGAUGCCAGUGUUGGUUUGGGAGCGGGGGCUGCUCCGGGUUGGGGUGGUGCUCCGGCUCAGGGUCCUUGA